AUGGCUGCCUUGAUCUUUCACAGCUUCGCGUUGACGAGCCGCUCGUUGCGUGGAAGGGGAACAUGUGACAUGGCUGCAGCUACUCCUACAGCUCGACGUGGGCGUGUGGGCAAUCCUGGGGCGGUUUUGGGCUACGCUAAAACCUUCACCAGCACAAAGCGACAGGAUUUCCUCGACGCAGCCACGGGAGCAGCGGAGCAAUUCAUUUUCGCUUUAGAAUCCGUCCCAGCGGCAGUAGAGGAACCGCAACACGGCGGCCGCGGCCGUUGA